AUGGACAAUAAGCGGAAAGCCAGCAUCUCCAACGGAGCCAACAUUCAGGAUGGCGACGACCGCGCUGCGAAGCGCACCAAGAAGGAACCAGGCCCCUACACGGAUUACGAUCUCAACAUCGAAGAGACCCAUGAGUCCACUACCGCAUAUGGCCUGCACUUCCUCGAGAUGAUUCGUAGGACCAAAGACAAGAGUGGACGGACUGUCGCCAACUGUUUCGAAGACCUUAUCCCCCGCGAAGGCAACGAAGACUACUACAGGCGCAUCAAGCUGCCCAUAUCUCUCAAAACAAUCGAGCGCAAACUGCACAACCAGGACUUUGCGAACAUGUCGGAGCUGGAGGGUUAUUUCAAACGUAUGGUUAUGAACGCGAAAGAAUACUACAACAAAGGCUCCGACAUCUUUGAGGACGCUGAACGCGUCAGAAAAGCGCUUAGCAACUAUAUGACCAAGACGAAUCCCGCCUACAAGCGAGAAACCGGCUACAGCUGCACCGCAGCGCCGAUUCCUGGAGAGGAGGACGAUGACGAGAGCAAGAACGCCAGUCAGAACGGUACCAAGAAGAACUCUUCAAACGGCUCGACGAACGGCUCUGUCAAGUCUGUGCGGAAACGCGAAUCUCCCUCAGUACAGGAUACCCAGGGCGAGGAUGAUGUUGAAGGCGAAGAUGACGACCACGAUGACGACCACGACGAGAGCGGUGACGAAGACAACGAGAACCCAAGAAGGAUUGUUAUCAAGAGGCGCGAGAGUGGCAGACCAACGGCUAGGAGUACAGCCUCGCCAGUACCUACGUCAAAGCCUGGUAGAGGCGGCAGGAAGAAGGCAGACCAUGAGUACGAGAAUGUACCCUACAAAGGCCUCAACUUCCAGCAAGCACAAGAGAAGAUUGUGGAGGAACUUAUUCGCAAACCGGAUGGAUCUGACCCUUACUUCCUUGACUUUAUCAACCUUCCUCCAAGGAGCUUCAAGGACUACUUUGCUGUCAUCACUGAGCCCCUCUCCCUCAAAGGCCUGCAGAAGCUCGUUAAAGGUAUCUACGGUCGCGCCAGUCCGACAGGUGUGAGCGAGUUCAAGAGUUGGGCUGCAUUCGAGGAGAAGGCCAGCCUUCUCUGGAACAAUGCCCACUAUUACAACGAGGAGGGGAGCGUUAUUUACGACCUUGCGACAGAACUGAAGAACUGCUUUGAGAAAGAGUUGGAUCAGGCCAAGGCAUUCGUUCAAGAACCGCCACAGCCCCCCAAGAUCAAACUAAAGGUCGCUCCCGGCUCGGAGACCCCAAGUGUGAGCGGUCCAAAGAAGAUCACCAUUCACGUGGGCGGUUCUCGUGGUAGCGCUGCCGCCUCGCCAGCGCCUCCAACUGGCCAAUCCAUCGAUUCCAAUCAUAGCCAUGGUGCCGUCAAUGGCAAUAGAGUUGUCCCGUCUGCAGUCCCCGCUAUAUCUCAAGAUAAAGCCAGGAGUCUAUCUGUCUCUGCGGCACCAAGCCCUGCCGUCACCCAGGCUAAGCUCGAAGGGGGUGUCCAACAAUCACCUGUGCCUUUACCACCCCGAGCGGGUGUGAAUGGGGCCGCUGUGGUACCUGGAACCGCAACGCCGGGACUGAAUUCGCAACAGCCAGGUUCUGCAGCGCUUCAGAACGGCCAUGUGCCCAUUGUAGCGCCGCCUCCGCCUCCGCCUAUAUGGGAUAAGACAUACCGUGCUCCUGGUCGAGGUCUUGCCGAUGCCCUUAUCCACAGCAUCCUCAUUCGUACCCAUCCAAGCAUUCCCCUUGAGAGGCGGUUUAGGCUUGAAGUUCCGGCCCAUCCAAAACUGGCCCAACAAAACCUGACAGUUCAUCUGCCGACUAAUCACAGCAGACUGCAACUUAUUCCACGACUGUCUCCUAUUCUGGAGCAGCAACAACGGCAAUAUCGCCUUUUCAUCACCAUUAAUGGUUCGAUGGUGGGAAGGGCGACUCCUCUACCGAUUUCUGACGACCCGCUGCCCGUGAAUGCGAUAGUAUUUGACCUUCCGUUGCAGCCGGGUACGACAGUAAUCAGUGUCACGAUGAUUGCAGCCCUUCCAAAAGGCCAGAAGCUCCCCAGCGGCGCUGAGUGUGAGCUGGAGAGGAUUUCUAUCAAUGCCUUUUUACCUAGGGUGUAA